UGCUGCUUCGAAAUUUUUGCCUAUGCCAUGGUUCGGAGCCAGGCGUCGGAAUUUCUGCUGGCUGGAGCCUCUGCCUGUGGCGCGAUCACCUUGACGAACCCGGUGGAUGUGGUGAAAACUCGGCUGCAACUGCAAGGUGAGUUGAGAGCCUCUGGCGCAGCCUACACAGGCAUCUCCCAGGCUCUGCUGCGCAUACUUCGACAAGAAGGGCUCAGGGGUUUGCAGCGCGGUUUGUUUGCGGCCUAUCUGCUGCAGUUCAGCAAUGUCGGCUGCAGAUUUGGCACCUAUGGAUCCCUGAAGCAAUUCUUUGGCAUGAAACAAGGUGGGCAUUCCACCAGCCAAUGGCUUUUGUCCGUGCUGCUGGGUGCGGUAUCUGGAUCCAUUGCUGCAGUGGUCUCCAAUCCAUUCUUCCUUCUGAAGUCGCGCUUCCAAGCCGUAGGAAGUGAAGAUGUCUUGCACCAGCACCUGCAUCCCUCCUUGAGGACGGCGUUCUUGGACAUUGGUCGCAAGCAGGGCGUCAGCGGCUACUACCAUGGUCUCUCAGCCUUCAUUCCCAGGGUGUCAGCGGCCACAGCUAUGCAGCUGUCGACCUAUGACAUGAGCAAAGACAUCUUCCUACAGUCGACCCAGAUGAAAGAGGGGAUUCCGAUCCACCUGGCUGCGAGCCUGCUGUCGGGAAUUGCUGUGACUAUUGCCAUGCAGCCCUUCGACAUCGUAGCAGUCAGGCUGAUGAACCAGCCUCAAAAUGAGAGUGGGGCGGCCUUGUACACUGGGCCUGUGGACUGUUGCAAGAAGAUGGUGCAACACGAAGGAGUGUCGGGUCUCUUCAAGGGUAUCACGGCAAACUACGCCCGCUUUGGCCCGUACUGUACUUUCACUUUCAUCUUCUUGGAACAGUUGCGCUUAGCGUGGGACCGCAACUUUGGUGUCUGAGGGAAAAAAAAUCACUGGUCAGCGGUUUCUGCCAAGCACAGGAUUGAAUUCUGCAAUGCUGGGUAGAAGC